GAUCGCCAACCUUGCUCCGAUAUUUAUGAAACCUCAGUCAUAUAGUGUGCUCCCAACAGUCGGUUCAUUCGGUGCUCAGAACGGAUUGGUCCCAAGCUCUGCCGGUGGUUUGAGUUUCUCCUGGAAAAGAAUUCAGUGAAGAUUCUCCUUGUGUCAUCUACGUUCAGUUUGUGCUCAUAUAAGGAAUUGUGUUAUUUGUUUUUCCGUGUGCUGUAAAAAAAUACAUUUGAAUCAAGUGAAAAUUUCAGUAAAAAAUCCGUCAAAAUGUCAGCUUCCGCGGUUACGAAAACGUCGAAAUAUACGUAUAAAUCCACUGGUGGUGGUUCCGCAGAUGUCAGCAUUGAGUACAGUGCUGACCUGAGCGCCUUAUCUAGGCUGGAGGAUAAGAUUCGUCUGCUCCAGGAAGAUCUCGAGUCGGAGCGUGGUCUCCGCCAAAGGAUCGAGCGCGAAAGGGCUGACCUCAGUGUACAAGUUAUUCAGAUGUCCGAACGCCUGGAAGAGGCUGAGGGAGGUGCCGAAGGUCAGUUGGAAAUCAAUCGUAAACGGGACGCCGAAUUGAACAAACUGCGCAAGCUACUCGAAGAUGUGCACCUGGAAUCGGAGGAAACUGCUCACAUUCUGAAAAAGAAACACCAGGAAAUUGUCAAUGAUUUCAACGAACAAAUCGAAUCCGUGACCAAGGCGAAACAAAGAAUUGAAAAGGAAAAAUCCAAACUGCAGACUGAAAUCUACGAACUGUUGUCCCAGAUUGAGAGCGUUUCCAAGGAUAGGUCCGUCAGUAUUAAAACAAUCGAAAAGCUCGAAGUCCAGGUGACAGAACUGAACAUUCGUAUCGAGGAGCUUAAUCGCACUAUUGUUGACAUCACCUCCCACAAAACUCGGCUGUCCCAGGAAAACAUUGAUCUUGUGAAACAGGUUCAAGAUUAUAAAAUCAACAUCGAAAGCAUCAGCUUUUCAAAGACCCAGCUGAACUCUCAACUCGAAGAAGCUAGACGCCGCCUGGAAGAAGAUGAUCGCCGCCGUUCGAUGUUGGAGUCAACAUUGCACCAGAUUGAAACGGAACUUGAAUCCGUACGGCUACAGCUGGAAGAGGAGUCUGAGGCUCGUAUGGAUUUGGAACGACAACUGGUGAAGGCCAAUGGUGAAGCCGGAGCUUACAAAUCGAAAUAUGAAGCCGAAGUUAUGGCUCGUCACGAAGAAGUCGAGGAAAUCCGCCGCAAGUACACUAUUCGCAUCCAGGAGUCGGAAGAGCACAUCGAAUCUCUCCAGGUCAGACUUAAUAAGCUCGAGAAGGAGAAGAGCCGUCUUUCCAGUGAGAUCGAAAUCUUGAUUAUCGAUCUUGAAAAGGCCAAUAACGGCAUCCGCGAAUAUAGCAAACGUAUCGAAAUUCUAGAGAAAACCAAUAUCGAAAUCAAAACCCGCCUGGAGGAAACCAUCACCCUGUUCGACCAGUCUCAACGCGAUCUGAGACAGAAGACCCAGGACUACCAACGUCUGAGCCACGAAUUGGAUGCAACCCGUGAGCAGAAAGAUCAGCUGAGCCGGGACAACAAUAAGCUGCAGAAAGAUCUGCAUGACGCCCGCAGCUCCGUCACUGAACUGACACGCCGUCUUCAUGACUAUGAAGUCGAGCUCCGUCGUCUGGAGAAUGAACGGGAGGAGCUCACUGCCGCCUACAAGGAAGCCGAAGCCGGACGCAAAGCCGAGGAAAAGCGGGCACAGGCACUGUCGGCCGAGUACGGCCAGUUCCGUCACGAUACCGAACGCCGUUUGCUGGAGAAGGAUGAAGAAAUCGAAGUCAUCCGCAAGCAAACCAGCAUUGAAAUCGAGCAGCUAAAUGCCCGCGUUGUUGAAGCCGAAACCAAGCUCAAGAGCGAGGUGCAGCGCAUCAAGAAGAAGCUGCAGAUCCAGAUUACCGAGCUGGAAAUGUCUCUGGAUGUUGCCAACCACACCAACAUUGAGCUACAGAAAACUAUCAAGAAACAAUCGGCUCAGCUGACCGAAAUCACAGCCCACUACGAAGAGAUUCAACGCCAACUGCACUCGACGGUCGAUCAGUACGGUAUCGCUCAACGCCGCAUCCAAUCGCUAUCCGGCGAAUUGGAGGAAAUUCGCAUCAAUUACGAUGCUUCUCUACGCUCGAAACGCCAGGUUGAGGUUCAGCUGGAAGAAGCCACCUCCCGCAUCAAUGAGCUCGUGGUUAGCAACGCCAACUAUUCUUCGCUCAGAGCCAAGUUGGAGCAGGAGCUCCAAACUAUUGCCAGUGAUUAUGAAGAGGUGUCUCGUGAGCUGCGUGUCAGUGAUGAGCGCUACCAGAAAGUCCAAGUUGAGCUUAAGCACACUGUUGAACUGCUCCACGAAGAACAGGAAAGAAUUGUUAAGAUUGAAACUAUCAAGAAGUCCUUGGAAGUCGAAGUUAAGCAACUUUCAAUUCGUCUUGAAGAGGUUGAAGUUAAUGCAGUUGCCGGAAGCCGUCGUAUCAUUAGCAAACUGGAGGCCCGUCUGCGAGACAUCGAAUCCGAACUUGAAGGUGAGAGAAUGAAGCACUCGGAAACCAUCAAAAUUCUGCGCAAGAAGGAGCGUUCCGUCAAGGAGGUGUACAUUCAGAUUGAGGAAGAUCAGAAAAAUAUCCAAAUCUUGCAAGACGCUCUGGAGAAGGCCAACCAGAAGAUUGCUGCCUACAAGCGUCAACUAGUAGAACAGGAACAAUCGUCCCAGCAAUGUGUCACCAAAGUGCGCCGUUUCCAACGUGAGCUGGAAGCCGCCGAGGAUCGUGCUGAUGUGGCUGAGAGCAAUCUGAAUUUGGUUCGUGCCAAGCACCGCACUUUCGUCACCACCUCGACAGUGCCUGGAUCGCAGGUCUAUCUGGUUCAAGAAACCACCAGAACCAUCAACGAGACGACAUCAUCCUAAAUCGAUGGAGGAAGAAAAGUUGUAGGCCAUCCAAGCCAUGUGAUCCAACAACAUCCGGAAGAUAAAGGCGAAGCGCACCAAAUGAUCUUUCACUUUUGUUAUAAUUAUGUUUCCGUUUGUCCUAUGUUUAGAUCUUUAAUUUUCAUCGAUGUUUUUAUUUGUUCUUCUUGGUUCUAUGUAUUAUUUGUUUCUCUCUCGCUUUAUCACCCAAAACCGUUGUUGUAGCAAUGAUAAUCUCUUUAUAACAACAUUAGCCACCAUACAAAAGCAGAUGGCACUAGUCACACACAGAGACAAGGUCACCAGACGGAGAAAUGUGAAUCUCUUGCAACGAAAAAAGAAAUGAAAAUAAACAACCGCAAACUUAUUUAUCGAAUACUCUUACUAGAUGAAGGAAAUGGAAUCAAUAUACAAAAUGGGUGCCUUGGGAACGAGAAACAAUGAGUAAACCAUCUUUUCCCAUGAAAUUUAUUCUAAAGAAAAGGCUUUGGAAUCAGUUUAAAUUCAUUAUAUUACUUUUUAUAUUAUAAUUCUUUGUAAUAAAUAAAUAUUAUAAACAGAAACACAAGAAGAUAGUGAAACGAAUCAGAAUGAGAAAUUGUCCUUGUAGCUUUCAUAUAUAUAUAGUAAUCAAAUUAUAUAAGACACACUGUUCAUUUCAUGCGUUGACACAUAAUUUAUUGGAGUGAAUGGCGAAUAGUGUAAGCAUUGAAACAGAGAGCUAUAAAUGUAAUAAAAAAUAAGUAAAAACAAUAA